AUGGCACCAUCCACAGCGUCUGCCUUAAACCCAAUUGUCAUACCGGCGGUACAGAUACCCCCUCACUUCAGUACCCUAGGCUCUGGCCUCCUGCACGAAACUCACGCCCGCGAGUCCGUGAGUACCUUAACAGCCCUCCUACUCACCUCGCCAGGCAUCUUCCCCAAUAAAGCGAAGCCAAAGCCCUGGUGGCGUGGCCAAUGCCUCCUGUACGGGCUCGACGCCCCCCAAUCUUUGGCAAUCCAAUCACUACGCGAGAAGCUGGAGAACGCGCUUCGUCGUGGGGACCUGCAGAUCCCGGAAUAUCUGGUGGAGCUGGAGCACGUCGAGAAUGGCAAGUUUCGGAAGCUGAACGCGCAGGUUAGGGAGGCAACCGGUGUGAAGAAGGAAGGGAAGGGUGGUGGAGGAGUCAAGAAGGACAAGGAAGAUCGGUUGAAGAGGGUCCUGGGCGCCGCGAAGGUUGCAAAGAAGACCUCUACGGGUGCCGGGAAGACAACCGCUCCAGUAGCUGCAGCGAAACCCCGUGCGAAAAAGGAGCCGGGACUACUUGUAGAGCCAGACCCCGAACCGGGGGUCAAAGCAAAGGCGAAACCUCGUGCGAAAGCACAAGCCCCGCCAACUGCAACCGCCGCCGCCGGCGGAAACAUACAGAUAUACUUGACAGCCCUUCCACCCGCCCCUGCCCCCAGAGCCAGACAAACUGCCAAGCGCGGGGCCAGCUCCGCUCCCAAACGCCGUACUCCAAAAGCUGAGCCGCCAUCCAAAACCCCUGCAGCUGCAGCAAAAUGCGCUGGAGGCGGUCCCGGAAGUCGUGGUGGUCGCGGUAGUCGUGGCGGAGCUCGAGGCGGUCGUGCUGUGCAGCCCACCAAGCACGAAGCUAGCUCACCCCCACCAGCAGCAGCUCGAGGCCGGACUAAGCAAACUGCUAGAUGUAGCACUAGGGGUGGCGCUGGAGGCACACGUGGACGUGGUGGCUGGGCUAACGGUGGAAUUUCAACUGCGACGGUUAAGGAGGAGGAGGAGGAAGUGCGUGAUGGGUAUGAUGGUUGGAAUUACGACAGAGGAGGGGGAUAUAGUGAUGACGAUGGAUACCCUUACAAGAGUGAAUAUUCUGGGCAUUCUGGGUACUCCGGUUCCGAGGGAGGGGGGAUCAAGGGGGAGUAUGAUGAUGAGGAUAGGUACUAUGGGUAUGGGCAUAAUACCGCGUUUUAAUCUUUCUUUUUUCACAAUAAUUAUAUAUCUAUUUUUUAUUAGAA